AUGACGUGGCUUCCUGCAGCUCUUAACAGCGACUGCGAUGGGCGAUCGGACGAUGGAGACGAAGCGGAGGUCCAGAGCUCGUAUAAAGGCCCGCUGGAUACAAUGGACGCCCUCGAGGAUUCGCUUCCGAUGAGGCGAGGCAUAUCUACGUUCUACUAUGGCAAAUCAAAAUCAUUCACCAACCUGACCGAUGCACUUCCCUCAUCUUCUUCCAAGAGCCUUGCAAAGCCCAAGAACUCCUACAGCAGAAAGCGAAAGAAGCUCCUUGCCUUCAAUCUCUGGGAAAAGCCUAACCGAAACUCUCAAAGAAGCGACAAAGACAUUACAGUCUCAAAGAGACCUGCUAAUUUCAGCCGAAGAAAAGAGGGACUUGGUCCCUCUACAAGUAGCAGCUCCGAGAGCAACAGCUGCAGCAGUGGAAACAAGGAAGCGGCUGCUCGUGUUUCUGCCUCCAAUUCAAACAAAUGGUUCUCGAAUCCUUUAAAAUCAUUCUCGUUUGCAGAUUUGCAGGGUGCGUUGAGCUCGAGGACAUAUUUUAAGUCUGGCGAUAAGCAAAGUAGGUUCCGGUAGUAUGUGAUACGGGAAUUUUUAUGAGCAGCAUGUUUAUUUCAGGUUUCAACCCAUAGUGUGAGAG